AUGGCCGUCUCGAGCGAGAAAAUCGCAGUCUACAACCUAGCAGACCUGAAGAACACCUCGGACGAUGCCAUCCCAAACUACCUCAACUCGCUCGGCCUGCGCCAGUCGCACCGCCUGACCGACGUGCGCCUCGCCCUCGGCUACGCCGCCUUCGCCGUCGCCGCCGCCUGCUUCCUCUGGGACUACAAGCUCGGCUUCGAGUCGACAAAGCACUACACGGCCGCCGCCGUCGCCGUCUACACCCUGCUCAACGGCGCCCUGACCCUGUGGAUCUGGCACGUCGAGCGCGGCGUCGUCUACGUCGGCACCACGCCCGCCGGCGAGACCGUCACCGUCGCGAGCUCCACCAAGAAGAACGUGCCCGUCUACAACCUCAGCGUGACCACCACCUCCUCCACCAAGUCCGGCGCCGGGGCGCCGCAGACGGUCAAGAUCGCCCGCUCGUUCAGCGAGUGGUUCGACGCCGCGGGCCACUUUGUCGCCCCGCCCUUCCAGACCAUGCUCGCGACGGGUGUGCCGGCCAUCGGCAAGCUGGACAAGAAGCGCGUGGCGGCCGCCGCCGGUGCACCCACGUCGGCUGGUGCUUCUGCUGCUGCGGCCUCGCCGGCCGAGACGCAAGGCCAGUACUCGCAAGAGAUGCUGGACGCCCUGGCGGCGGCCUCAGCGGACGGUGCGAGCUCGACGGGUAGCACCACCGGCAAGAAAGGCGGCAAGAGAAGAAAGGCGUGA